UCUCAGGAUUUCAACGGCCACCGACAGCUUAUUUUACCGUUAUAACAGGCACCAUUCCCUCCCCGCCUCUCUUUCCCUCUCCAACAUUGUUUGGUUUUUAUGAUUCCCCAUUUUCACGCUCAAAUGCCUAACUCUAAACCCUCGAAACCCUACUGUUCUCUGCAAUUCAACCCACCUUUCAACCUUCGUCCCUUUCUUUCCCGAUCUCUAAUCUCAAAUCCUGCUACACACUUUACGCAUUCUUCUCAGCUGUCGGAUUUUUGUUGUCGGGAGAAGGAAGAAGCUUCAAAAUUUUUGAGAAAAUGAGAAAUCGACUGAAGGAAGAAGAGAAAAUUGAGAGAACAAUUCGUGGCCUUUUGAAACUUCCCGAGAAUCGCAGAUGCAUUAAUUGCAAUAGCUUGGGACCACAAUAUGUUUGUACAACAUUCUUGACAUUUGUUUGUACAAGCUGUAGUGGGGUACAUCGAGAGUUCACUCAUCGGGUGAAAUCAGUGUCGGUAGCAAAAUUUACUGCAGAGGAAGUUAGUGCUCUUCAGGCUGGAGGAAACGAACGAGCGAGGCAAAUAUAUUUUAAAGAAUGGGAUCCUGAGCGUCAUUCUUUACCCGAUGGCAGUAACCUUCAUAGACUUCGGGACUUUAUCAAGCAUGUCUAUGUGGAUAGAAAAUAUACUGGUGAAAGGAGUAAGGAACUACCAAGGCUAAGAUUGAGUAACAAGGACAAGGAUGAAUCAAUUGAAAGUGGAAAGUUUACUAUAUUUGAAGGUAGAUCUAGAAGUCCACCUAAGGAGGGAAAUCAAGAACGAUAUAAUAGUGAGAGAUGUAGUCCUUAUGGAAGAAAUGAUGACAGGAAUAUCAGAUAUUAUUAUGAUGAAAGAAAAAGUCCUCGAUACUACAAGGACAAUUCAAGAGUUGGGGGUUAUAGGAGAAAUCCUAUCUGUAUUGAGGUUGUUGAUGAUAGGUUCAGGGAUGAUGAACUUGGGAAUCACAGGAUCUCAUCUGGAGGGACCACAUUAAGAAGCAGGUCACCUGACAGAAAAAAGAACAUUUAUGGGUCCCAUUCUCCUGUGGGAAAUCAUAGUAAAGAGUCACUGGGGGAGAAAAUGCAAGCUUUACGGAUUGGUGAAAUUUCUAAAGCAAAUGAUGGGAAGUCUGUCGAUAAUUCUGCUCAUAAUAAGCAGAAGAAUAUGUCUAGUAAUAACCAGGAGUCUGCACAGAAGAUUGUAUCUGUUAGUAACCAAGAAUCUGCACAUGGAAAUCCAGUGAAGCAUGAAAAAAAAAAAUCUGAAAGCUUGAUUGAUUUCAGUACUGAAUUUGAGCCCCCAGAUUCUGCAACCAUGUCACAAUCACAGCAUGUCUCGUCGUAUGAAAAUAUCAGCAGUCAGGCCUUAAUUGAAACAUCAAAUAAAGAGAAGCCGUCUCAUGGCCCAAAUGCAAAUACUACGGGAGCUUUACUAUUUGAUCAGCCUUCUGCAUCACUUGUUACAGAUAGUGGUUUUUCUUGGCAACAGACUACCACUUCAAUUGGAGCUCCAAAAAAUGAGGAUACUGCAACUGGAGUUGAUUCCCAAAUUCAUUCUGUGGAAACAAAAUCUAAUAAUAGAAUGGAAAUUCCGGCGGACCUUUUCGCUGUAAGCUACUCAUCAAUCCCUGCACCAGUUUCAGCAUGGCAAACUGGUCCACAUUCUAGUAUGGGUUACAACAUGCAAUAUCACCCUAACUCAAUGCCUGUGCCAGCAUUUUCCAAUUCAGCAUCAUCAAAUCCGUUUGAAAUCAAUGAUGGAAGAAGUCAAGUGCUAACAACACCUUUUCCUUCGAUGGCAAUGGUGCAAGGAGGACCACCUAAUGCAUCAUCAUCCAAUGCAUCCAUGAUGUCUUCACAGUUGACUUCAUCUGGAUCUGACUUCACUCAUAGUGCGUAUUUGGAGCCGCAAAUGCAAAACAAUAUGAUUUCUUCAAGGGCCUAAGAAACAAAAGAUGAGAGGAGAUAGAAGAAACUAAAGAUAACUGCCAUAGUUAGGAUUCAUGAAAACCCAACUACAUGAAUUAAGUCAACAUUACAUGUUUUAUCUUUAACAAUUACAAUUAGGCCUACUUAUAUAAUAGAUAAUCAUAAUCCAAAUGGGGUCGCUGAAUGAAUUGAGAAUGCUAGUUAAUAGAAGAAUAUGAACUUUCUACUUAUGAUGGUCACGAAUUAAAUGUGCACAAUGCAUUUUUAUUUUUUUUGGGGGCUUAGAUUAAGUAGUUUUGUCGAGUUAUAUCUGUCAAAAACCCUUAGAAGAAGAAAACACUUCUUAUUUAUUUGUUUUAUUAUUAUUUAAUUUAGUUAUUAAAAUGAGUCCUCUUUUCUUACUCUCAUUAGGUCUUCUUGACAAAACACGUCAAAGCUCUUAUUUUAAUGAUUCUUUUCUGAUCCUUACCAUUUGAUUACGCACAAGUUUCUUGUUUGAACAAAAAGUUCACUUAUAUACAAUAAUCAAAGAAAAGAGGAAAACUAGAGAAAACUGCCAUUAUUUUGACUUAGGAAGUGAACCCAGCCACUCGAAUUAAGUCAACAUUACAUGUAUUAUCUUUAACAGUUAAAAUUAGGCCUACUUAUUUAUUAGAUAAUCAUAAUCCGAUGAGGAAGCUCAAUCAAUUAAGAUUCCUAGUUAAUAGAAAAUAAUAUGCAAUAAGAAUUCCUAAAUUAAAUGAAAAUAUAUUAUAUAAUUACUGGACUAAUCAUAAAUGGAAGCAUAAUUGUUGAGAAAUCUUCUCAUAUUGUAAAAUUUUUUUUUUUUAAAUUGAGGAACUUGGAAUGACAAGAACCAUUCAUUAUGUUGGGUGGUUACGGAUUGAAGAUGAGGGGAUUGUGUAUCAAAUUAAAGUUUUGCGAAUCUCUUAGGUCGGUCUGGUUUACCCAAUUUUGGAUAAAUAUGACCCAACCUGAUGAUAACCAAAUCUGGUUUUUUAUUUGCUGGUAUUACAUUAGGGGUGGACAAAAUCUAAUCCAAUUUAUUCAAACCGACAAAUCUAAUCCAUUUUUAGCAGUUUGGAUUGGAUUUUUACAUCAAUUGGAUUGGAUUAGGUUCAAAAUAUCAUAAAUUAUUUAGAUUGGAUUGGUUAUGGGUUAAAUAUAAAUCUAACUCAACCCAAUUCAAUCCAAAUCAUAUAUUAUAUAAUUAAAAAAAAUUAUAUUUUCUAUUUUUUUUUUCAUUUUUAUAUAUUAAUUUUUAAUAUAUUUUUUUAACCCAUUCCCCAUUACCAAAUUAAAUUGAAACCCUAAGCAUUUACAUGCUUUGCCGCCGCACCACCACCAUAACCAUCAACCAAGCUUCAAUUCGACCAUCACACACACAACCAUCAAAUUCAAAACUCAUGGUACCACUAGCUAUCAUUUGCUAUCUUUUCUUUUUCAUUUUCCAUUGAAGUGUGUUUUAUUUAUUUAUUUGAUUAUAUUUUAACAUUAAUGAGUGUUAUUGGAUAUUAUAGAUUGCAUAUUUAUAUAUUGCAAUCUUAUAUUUUAUUUUAUGUUGGAUUACUCUAAUUAUAUUUU